CGCGUCGGUGCAGAGCAGCAGCACGCAGCUUCCUUUUUUUAAUUCAUUCAUUCAUUCAUCCAUCCAUCCAUCCAUCUCUCCAUUCUUCUUUUUUUAUAUAUAUAUAUAUAUGUAUAUAUUUCUUUCUUUCUUUUCCUUUCUUUUUUGCUUUUCUCCCCUACCUUUCCCCUGCUUGCGCUGUCCCGUUUUUUUAUGUUCAAUAAACACUUCAUUUGAAUCAUUUUGAAGCCUUGGUUUUAUUAUUAUUCUUAUUCUUAUUAUUAUUAUUCUUAUAAUUUCUUCAUUCCAUGCUGCUGAGUUGCAGAUAAAAGAGAAGGUGGAUUCGUUGUGGUGGUGGUGGCAGUGUAGCACGCGCUCGGGUGGCUUUAUUACUCUUAUAAUAUUUAUUAGAAUAUUUAUUCUAAACUAUUGGCCUUCAAUUUUGGCUCUGGACCUCGCCUAACUUUGCCUUUAUACACACGACGGCAUCUCCGAACUAACAUGGCAGUCAGGCUGUGUGAUGUGGCUUCUCUGCUUAGAAGUGGCUCGUGGGCGGCUGAGCCUUGGACCGGGCAGGUAAUCGCUGCCAUGGAAACACAGCUUUCGAACGGUCCGUCGUGUAACAACACGAGCAACGGUCCGAACCAGAUGAACAGCUGCUCCUCCCCAGUGGAGUCGGGUGGCAUGGAGGACAGCAAGACGAACCUGAUCGUGAACUACCUGCCCCAGAACAUGACCCAGGAAGAGCUGAAGAGCCUCUUCGGCAGCAUUGGGGAGAUCGAAUCCUGCAAACUAGUACGAGAUAAAAUCACAGGGCAGAGUCUGGGAUACGGAUUUGUGAAUUAUGUGGAUCCUAAAGACGCAGAAAAAGCCAUCAAUACUCUGAACGGUCUGCGACUCCAAACCAAAACCAUCAAGGUGUCCUACGCCCGUCCGAGUUCGGCUUCCAUCAGAGAUGCUAAUUUGUAUGUGAGCGGUUUGCCCAAGACCAUGACGCAGAAGGAGCUGGAGCAGCUUUUCUCUCAGUACGGACGCAUCAUCACCUCCCGAAUCCUCGUUGACCAGGUCACAGGCGUGUCUCGAGGUGUGGGUUUUAUCCGAUUUGAUCGCCGCAUUGAAGCAGAGGAGGCCAUUAAGGGCUUGAACGGGCAGAAGCCUUCCGGAGCCACUGAGCCCAUUACAGUGAAGUUCGCCAACAAUCCGAGUCAGAAAACCAGCCAGGCUCUGCUGUCUCAGCUCUACCAGUCUCCGAACAGGAGAUACCCAGGACCACUUGCCCAGCAGGCUCAAAGAUUCAGGCUGGACAACCUGUUGAACAUGGCUUAUGGAGUGAAGAGUAGGUUUUCUCCCAUGGCAAUCGACGGCGUCACCAGUCUGGGCAUCAAUAUCCCCGGUCACGCGGGCACAGGCUGGUGCAUCUUUGUCUACAAUCUGGCUCCUGACGCAGACGAGAGCAUCCUGUGGCAGAUGUUCGGGCCGUUCGGCGCCGUGACGAACGUCAAGGUGAUCCGCGACUUCAACACGAACAAGUGCAAAGGCUUCGGCUUCGUCACCAUGACCAACUACGACGAGGCGGCCAUGGCCAUCGCCAGCCUGAACGGCUAUCGCCUCGGAGACCGCGUGCUGCAGGUCUCGUUCAAAACUAACAAAACACACAAAGCUUAACGCAGUGUGUCUCUUCGAUUCUACAGUGCAACAUGUUUAAACUUUGUUCUUUAAAAAAAAAAUUAGCGAUUAAUAGCAUGCGUUGGGUGGCGACUGAGCCCAUCUUUUUCUUUUUAUUUCUUUUCCUCUGCUUUCUUUUUCUUUCUUAUUUUGAACCAUUUUCAAUGUGGGUGAAUAUUUGAGGAAAAAAAAAAAAAAUUGAUGAUCUUUCCAUGUUUAGUUUCUCAUAUUGAGUUCAUUGGCUGCAUAAAUGUUACUGUUAAAUUGAGCAAACACACAAAAAAAAACAAAAAGACAAAAAAAAUUCUUAAAACAGUACCUUGCCAAAGAGCUACAACCUCUUUGAAGUGGGUUUAAAAAAAAAAAGUGUCUAUUUUUAUAAAAAGAGAAAAUUUGGAGAAACUUUUUACUGGACAUGGAGCAAAAUAUUUUGACUUUGAGAAACUAUCUUCAUACGACACCCUGUGCAAUUUUCACACUUUACCAGACAGUUUGCAGAGUACGAAAUUUUCCGGAACGAUUUCUUGAUGACAAAGAUCAUCUUUUUUGAGGUCUUUGCAUUCGUUCCGCAGCUUGCGUUCGGAUUCGCUAUUUUUGAGACGCAGGCGGCUAAAAACGACAAAGGUUUUAUUACACGCGCACACACGUGCGCACGCAGGAACGAUGGAGGGAAUGUGUAGGUAGCAAGCGGUUUAAGUGAAUCGGUUCUUCCUUGACAGGUUCCUUCUAUAAAAUAGAUUGGGGGGGAGGGGGGGUGAAAGGGGGUUUCAGUGCUUUAGUAUCUUGUUGAACACUUGUCUUUGUAAACGCUGACAAAGGUUUGAAUGGUGAGAACGACGAUGCCUGCGGAUAGAACAAUAUCGACUGAGUGAAGGGAGGAAGAUCUCCUGAGUUAUUACCUUACUGUAAAUAAGUACUUUUUUUUUUCAUUUUUUUUCUUUUUCAAAAAGAGUGUUUUCUUUUUUGGGUUAAAGUACGUACAGUAAAUUUUUUGUUUAAUCAUUUAGUUUGACGGAGUUGUUUAGUUGAAACUUUGAUGCAUUGUUACUGUAUCUGAUUUGUUGGUGGUUUUGUCUGUAGGUAGUCUUGCUUCUGCAAAAUUCUAGGUAUUUGAUUUUUUUUUUCUUUGUUUUUUUUUUUUCUUAAAUCUAUAUAUUAUAAGCAUUAAAUAUUUGUGGUAAAAAUUGACAAGCCACAGUUUUGAACAAAAUACUUAUUUGAUUUAGUUUUUCGUCUUCAUGUUACACUUAAUACAUAAUAUAACCCAUUUUAAAAUUUCCAAUAAAAGUAUAUCUUGCUUAAUCUUUAUGAGGGGGAGCCUGACGAAGGCUUUUCCACGACCGUAGCAACACAGUGGCGUGUGUAUUCUCCACUCAAUGAAGGAACAAGCCUUUAACAGUGCAAUUCAGGCUCCCCGGAAUGUGUGGCAGUGUGCUAUGCAUUACUUUUCUUUUAUUUCUCUUUUUUUUUUUUUUUUUUUUUUUUUAUUUGGUGUGUUCAUUUUAUUUUCGUUCAUGAACUGUGGCUUUGUGCUGCUCAGGGACAGCGAGAGCUUUUCAUGCCACAUAAGGUUUAUUUUUCCAUUAAAAACAAAAAAUAAAAAGACAAAAAAAUAGCCAACGACGCUUGAAAAAAGGCAGAGACCAAUCAGCUGCUAGUGUUUAAACAUGGCUAUGUUUGAGCUCAGAUCCCGCAUAUGGCAUGAAAAGCCUCGGUGUCCCGUCUGUAGUCUCAGUUCUGUAGUGUGUGCAUUAUUUAUAUAAAGUUGUACAGUAUAAACUUAUUCACAGCUAAGUUUUGAUUAUUUUGUUUUUGUUAUUUAUGUUUUUGUUCAGUAUUGAAGACAAAAACAGUAUUAACUGAGGAUGUACAUGUUCUUUUGAGUUUUCUUUUCGUUUGUGUUUGGAAUACUUUGUAUUUUUUCAUGUUCGGUACAUCAAUAAAUAAAUUGAAGGAGGCUGUGAUAGA